CGAACAUUUGCAGCCCAGAGUUUGUUAAUCACAUCACAUCAUCAUCUCUAACACGCCUCCAAAAUUCAACCCUCAGCCCCCGCCGCCGCCGCCGGCCGGCCGGAACAUGAGGGACGACAAAUUCCCCCACCAACACCACCGCCGCCGCAACGCCGCCAUUGCCCUCCUCAAGCUCGCCGCCUGCCUCAUCAUCCUCUCGCUAACAUACGCGCUCGGUUACUUAUCAUCGUCCGCUACGACGCCGUUUUCAUCCUCUCCUCCCCAUCACAAUAAUAUUCCUUCUCUUCCCACACCGGUUCUGCUGGAUACACCCACCGCCGACACCGUCGCCACCGCCGCCACCGCCGUCGAGCAAUUCCGCGUUAGAACGCUCUGCUCCCCACCGCUCCCUCACCACCUAGUUCGCUCCACAAUUCUCCAAAAACUCUUCAACGGGACCUCCCCGUUCCGCGACUUCCCUCCCCAUCACGUGCGCCACCUCCUCCACCCAAAGCGCAUCAAGGGCUGGGGCUCCAACGGCGCCGUUUUCGAGAACCUCGUCCGCCAAGUCAGGCCCCGCCUCAUAAUCGAGGUCGGCUCCUUCCUCGGAGCCUCCGCGAUCCACAUGGCGAGUCUCACUCGCCAACUUGGCCUCCCCACUCAGAUCCUCUGCGUCGACGAUUUCCGCGGCUGGCCCGGCUUCCUCGACCGGUUCUCCGAACUCUUUAUGGUCCACGGCGACGUUUCGCUGCUGUACCAGUUUAUGCAGAACGUGGUGGCCUCGAACGCGUCCGGUUCGGUCCUGCCGUUGCCGUUCUCGACCGGGUCGGUUCUGGAUAGCCUGUGCGAGUGGGGAGUGUACGGGGACUUGAUUGAGGUGGAUGCGGGUCAUGAUUUUAACUCGGCCUGGUCCGACAUAAACCGGGCAUACCGGAUCCUCCGACCCGGCGGGGUUUUGUUCGGCCACGAUUAUUUUACUGCCGCGGAUAAUAGAGGGGUGAGACGGGCAGUUAAUUUAUUUGCACAGAUUAAUCGCCUCAAAGUCAAAGUCGAUGGUCAACACUGGGUUCUUGUUUCUGAUUAACACUCCAUUUUUUUUAUUAUUUUUUUAAUGUAAAAUUUGGGAACAUACUUAUGAAUGAGCUCUGUAAAUUGGUUGUAAAUUUGAAGCCAUUUUAAUUAACUCCAAGUCCAAGCUGUUUGAGAAUAAUAACAACACAUUUCUUUAUUAUUUUA